GGUUAGCAGGGCGGCGUUAGCAUGGCCGGGAGCUGGCGGGCGAAGGCGCAGGCAGGGGGGAUGUUGCUGGCCAUCCUCGGGUGGGUCUCCUCCUGCGUCACCACCUUCGUGCCACUCUGGAAGAGCCUCAACCUGGACCUGAACGAGCUGGAGGUCUGGACCAUGGGGCUCUGGCAGGUCUGCAUCGCCCGGGAGGAAGGGGCUGUCGAGUGCCGAGCCCACGGCUCCUUCCUGGCGCUGCCCCCCGAGCUGCGCAUCUCCCGCCUCCUGAUGUGCCUAUCCAACGGGCUGGGGCUGCUGGGGUGCCUCCUCGCCGCCCCGGGGCUGGAGGGCUGGAGAGCCUGCGAGGACAAACCUGGACUAAAGCGGUGGCUCCUGCUCGCCGGGGGAGCGGCGUUUGGCACGGCGGGGAUGGCCACCCUGGCGCCCAUCUCCUGGGUCGCCUACAACACCGUCCUCGACUUCUGGGACGACACCGUCCCCGACAUCGUCCCCCGGUGGGAAUUCGGGGAGGCCACCUUCCUGGGCUGGUUUGCUGGAGCCUUCCUCGCCACCGGUGGGCUGCUCCUCGCUUGCAGCGCCCGCUCCACGAGGACCGCAAUGCUGCCGGCCCCUGCCUGCCGCCAGCCCCCCGCCACGCGGGGUGCAGCUGGGGGCCACCACCCACACCCCAAAACCACAGACCUGGUCAUCUAGAGACUCGGGGUGCCGUGCCCUGCCCGCCUCCCAGCUCUUCCCAUUGCAGGGACGGCUCCUGCGUGUUUUACAGGAUGAUUUGCUAAUUCCUACGGCAACCCUGCAGAUUUUUUUCCUUCCUCCGUGUGCCUGCUUCACUUUUUUCUUUUUUAGGGAGC